AUGUUCGUCAAAUCCGAGACCUUGGAGUUAAAGGAGGAGGAGGACGUGCUGGUGCUGCUUGGCUCGGCCUCCCCCGCCUCGGCGGCUCUGACCCCUGUCUCUUCCAGCGCUGACGAGGAGGAAGAGGAGGAGCUGGGCGCGGCGGGCGGAGCGCGCCGGCAGCUUGGGGCAGAGGCCGGGCCCGCGGCGCUGGGCGGCUCGCCGGGAGGAGCCGAGGGCUGCCGGCCGGCGCGGCUGCUGGGUGUGGUGCAUGAGUGCAAGCGGCGCCCUCCGAGGGCAAGGGCUGUUUCUCGCGGCGCCAAGACGGCCGAGACCGUGCAGCGCAUCAAGAAGACCCGUAGACUGAAGGCCAACAACCGCGAGCGCAACCGCAUGCACAAUCUCAACGCGGCGCUGGACGCGCUGCGCGAGGUGCUCCCCACAUUCCCAGAGGACGCCAAGCUCACCAAGAUCGAGACCCUGCGUUUCGCUCACAACUACAUAUGGGCGCUCACCGAGACCCUGCGCCUGGCUGACCACUGUGGGGGCGGCGGCCUGCCCGGGGCGCUCUUCUCGGAGGCAGUCAUGCUGAGCCCGGGAGGCACUAGCGCCGCCUUGAGCAACAGCGCAGACAGCCCUUCGCCCGCCUCCACGUGGAGCUGCACAAACAGCCCCGCGGAGUCUUCCUCGGCGUCCUCCAACUCCACCUCCCCCUACAGCUGCACUUUAUCUCCCGCCAGCCCGGAGGGUUCAGACAUGGACUAUUGGCAGCCCCCACCUCCAGACAAGCACCGCUACGCACCUCACCUCCCCAUAGUCAGAGACUGUAUCUAG